AUGGAGCUUGGCCUUGUCGAGAGAUGGCAGCAUGGACAGGAUGUCGAACUUUUUUAUAAUCCAAGCCAGCGAAGGCUUAUAUUAAAGAAAUUCCAAUAUAUGUACUCUAAAGGGGUAGAUGAUCUUGUGACAUAUCCCUACAUAGAUUUACAAGGAUAUGGGUAACGAUUUACUCAGUCUAAAAUUAUGCUGAGUCAUAUUAAUUUAGUUUAAUAAGUCAAAAUAUAAAUGUCACAGUAUAAAUUAUCCAUUAUGUAUUUUAAAACCAAAUCAAAAGAGGAUACUCUCGCUCUGUCUUUCUCAAGAUAACAAAAUAGUUGCAUUUCAACGGUCUAAUCAUGAGCUUGUAAAAAUAAUUUAGGAUGUCCUCAAUUUAGAAACACAAGACCACACGCAGAUUAUUGGUGGGAAAAAUCGUAAAAUUCUAGGCUAUCAUUGAACAGGUGAGAGGUCAGCUUUUUGUGAUUUUGUUAUGGUUACUAACGCUGGAGUCGAAUUUUACAAAUUAGCUGAAGCGAGCUUGAAAUUUUCUAAUAUAAGAGGAUAUCAAAUUAAUAUAGGGCAUUAUUGAUUCGAGCCAAGCGAUGGAGUUCUUGUGGUAGCAGCUUCCCCACCGAAAUUAGGACAAAUUGAUACUUUUUUUGUAUACCAAGAUAAAGGACCCAAAUUUUUCCACGGACCGAGGUUUUUUAUUGAUAUUAAUCCUUCAGUAACAGAUAAAUGAACAAGUGACCAAACAAAUGUAAAGAACAUAAAAGACACUGAAAAUAACACAGAGCAAGACCCGCAUCAUGUUGAGCUGCUGAAAAUUUAUGAGUCAGUGUAUCUAGUUCAUGGAAAUUGCGUAAAAGGGCAGCUAAAUUUGUAUAAAUUGACUCAUGAGAAAGUAGCUUUAGAUAGAGAAACAAUAAAAAUUAAGCCCGGAGCUUACGGAAUAUGCACAAUAGACAACCUUUUAUUGAUAUUUAAUUACACUUUACAAGAAACUUAUAUUUUUGAUAUAAAAAGCGAAAAUUAUAGCGCUAAACCUUUUUGCACACUGUGAAAUGGAAUGUCGCUGGAUCCUCCAACAAUGACAUACAAAAUGAAAGUUAUUAUCGAAAAACCUAAUAUUAUAGUAUUGCCUACAUUAUUAUUUGAUGGCAAACAAAUUUCGACCUUGCAAGAAUUUGAUAACACAUCAGGAAAAAAUGGUCAAGUCAUAGAUUGUCCUAUGCCCUUAGAUCCUUCAUUAAUAUAUGUUGAUCACGACGCUUGUGUUGAUAUAAAAAAUGGUCGAUGUUAUAAACUGCAGCUGUUUCCUGAUAAGCUUGUAAAACACCACCCAGACCCUAUUGAAUCAAUUCUGUUUUUGCUUCGCAGAAUUGGAUGCAAAAAGCAAGCCUUUGAAUUGCUAAAGCACUAUUUACGUAAAAAAGUAGACUUAAAAGGCGUUUCCUACCUUUUUUCAACUAUAAACAGAGUUUAUAAAAUUGCAGCUCUGGAGAGAAAAGGAAGCUCUCAGAAUGAUGACCUAAGGAGAAGGGCAAGUAUGUCAGCUUCACUUAGCAAAACAAACUCACCAAGAAAAUAUUCGCUAUUUCAAAACGCAGACGGAGAAUCUGAAAUGAGGUUAGAAACAGGGAUGACUGUUCUAUUUCAAAGUGAUCUAAUGUCAAUAGUAUUCCAUCCUUUAUUUUUAGAUGGCUCUAUAAGUAUCAGCUAUUUAUCAUCUGUAAUAUUGGAGUAUCAUCGCACUUUAGUUGACCAAGAUUUACAAGUUCAUCUAGAUUUACAAAUUUUGCUAGCAAAAGUCUUAGUAAAAGGUAAAAACCUCAAUUUAUUGCAUCAAUUAGUACAGUAUAAUGUUUUCAAUGACACAAAAGAAUUUGCGAGCUUAUUAAUAACGCUGGCAACACCUAAUAAUCCUAAUUAUUAUCCGCCAGCUUUACAGUUAGCUGUAGAUAUGCUAUAUAGAAUGAGAGCCUUUGACGUCCUAACUGAUGCUUUUAUUGAAAAUCAAAUGAUUUAUGAGGCUAUGUGUAUGCUAGCCAGACAUCCUUAUCCUGGGUUCGAUGUUAAAAAGUUACUAUCGAGGACUGAAGGCUUAGGGGAUAGAAGAAUAAAGGAAGUAGUAGAGCAGUUUGUUAAUGAUGCCAAUCUUUAG